CGGCAGGCGGGGGGCGCUAGGAGCCGGGAGCCGGCCGCUGGGAGCCGGGCGCUGCCGCCGCCUGGGCCCCUUCCUUCCGCCCGCUGCGGGCAGCGAGCAGCGCGCCGGGCACCUGUCACCGCCGCCAGGCCGAGCGAGAAGGGCGGCCUCCGGGCUGGGGAGCGGCGGCGGUGCCGGGCGAGGCCCGGUGGCGGCGGCGGCGGCGGCGGCAGCGGGGCUGGCUGGGGAACGGCGGCGACAGCGGCGGCGAUGAUGCCGAUGAUAUUAACCGUGUUUCUGAGCAACAAUGAGCAGAUUUUGACAGAAGUUCCAAUUACACCAGAAACAACCUGUCGCGAUGUAGUAGAGUUCUGCAAAGAGCCUGGAGAAGGAAGCUGCCAUCUGGCUGAAGUAUGGCGUGGAAACGAACGUCCCAUACCCUUUGAUCAUAUGAUGUAUGACCACCUGCAGAAAUGGGGUCCCCGGAGGGAAGAGGUGAAAUUUUUUCUUCGUCAUGAGGAAUCGCCAGCUGAAAGUAAUGAACAGAGUGGACGACAAGCCCAGAACCAAAGAAAUGGAAUAAACAUACCUGUGGAGAAGCGUACAGAGAAUGGGGUUGGGAAUCCACGUGUUGAGCUCACUCUCUCCGAGCUUCAAGAUAUGGCUGCCCGACAACAGCAGCAGAUUGAAAAUCAGCAGCAAAUGUUGGUUGCUAAGGAACAACGUUUGCGUUACCUGAAGCAGCAAGAACGUCGUCAGCAGCAGUCUGUUUCAGAGAGUGAAAAGCUUCAGAAACUUAAAGAACGUGUUGAAACCCAGGAGACAAAGUUGAAAAAAAUCCGUGCCAUGAGAGGACAAGUGGAUUAUAGCAAGAUCAUGAAUGGCAAUUUGUCAACUGAAAUUGAGCAUAUAAGCGCCAUGUUCCAGGAAAAGCAGCAGGAGCUACAGGCUGCAGUAUUAAAAGUGGAUCAACUUACUCAGCAACUGGAAGACUUAAGGAAAGGGAAGCUGAAUGGGUUUCAGUCUUACAAUGGACAAGUAACAGGACCUGCAGCAGUAGAAUUAAAAAAAUUGUAUCAAGAGCUACAGAUUCGGAACAGGCUUAAUCAGGAGCAGAACUCCAAGCUUCAGCAGCAGAAAGAACUCUUAAACAAACGUAAUAUGGAGGUGGCCAUGAUGGACAAGCGAAUCAAUGAGCUGCGUGAACGACUAUACAAGAAAAAAGUUGAGGCACGUCAAAAAGAAAACAUUCCUUUGAAUCGUAUUAAUGGAACUUCAUCACCCCAAUCAUCUUUGAGUGCUUCAGGACGGGUGGCAGCUGUAGGACCUUACAUCCAAGUUCCAAGUGCUGGCACUUACGCUGUACCAGUAGAUCCAGUUAAACCACAGUCUCUCACCAUUGCUUCUAGCUCAACACAUGGGAGAUCAAAAUCUGCUAAUGAUGGAAAUUGGCCAAUACUUAAGCAGAGCUCAGCCCCUGUGGUAAAACCCCCUCAGAUCUCCAACACAGACUGGAAAGAAUCAAGCAUGGACACUGCUUUAAAACAAGGAACUAUAUCCAGCCAACCUUUGCCAACUUCAGUAUUAGGAAGUACUGAUAAGCUGGGUCUUGAUCUGGGGAAAGUGCCACCAACAAUUCCUGGUGUAAGCAAGCAGUUACCUCAAAACUAUGGGACCUAUCCAAGCCCAGUUCCCUUAGGAACAGGUUCUACAAAUUCUCUAGAAAGAAGGAAGGAUGGCAGCCUGCCCAGACCCGGAACGAGUAUAACAAAUCGGCAAAGACCUGUUCCGCUUCCGCCGCCAAGCAACGUGCAUCAACCCAGCUCUUCGCAGCAGAUUCAGCAGCGGAUUUCUGUACCUCCCAGCCCCACGUAUCAGCCUUCUGGCCCCCCCUUGUUCCCAGGAGGAGAUGGCAGGCCAGAACUGCCUUUAACUGUGGCCAUCAGACCUUUUCUAGCUGAUAAAGGAUCAAGACCUCAGUCUCCCAGAAAAGGGCCACAGACAGUGAACUCCAGUUCCAUCUACUCAAUGUAUCUUCAACAAGCAACACCACCAAAGAAUUAUCAGCAAGCUGUAUAUAAUACCUUAAAUAAGUCAGUAAAAGCAGUUUAUGGAAAGCCUGUAUUACAGUCUGGUUCAACUUCACCCUCGCCACUGCCAUUCCUUCAUGGUUCUUUGCCUGCCCAGACUCCUUCACAGCCACAGUCUCAGCCUCAGACUGAGGUCUCUGAAAAAGAUCAAGAGCUGGAAAACGCUCCACCACCCAGUGAAAACAGCAAUGUGGAAAACAUUCCUCGUCCUCUCAGUCCUACAAAGCUCACACCUAUUGUGCACUCACCCCUGCGAUAUCAAAGUGAUGCUGAUCUGGAAGCUCUGAGGAGAAAAUUGGCCAAUGCUCCUCGGCCGUUAAAGAAGCGUAGUUCUAUCACUGAACCAGAAGGCCCAAGUGGACCAAAUAUACAAAAAUUGUUGUAUCAGCGCUUUAAUACUCUUGCUGGAGGAAUAGAAAGUGCUCCUUUCUAUCAGCCAAGCAAUCCCCAGGACUUCAUAGGCAUCCUAGCAGAUGUUGAUAAUGGUAACACCAGUACCAAUGGCAAUAUUGAGGAACCCAUCUCUGUGCAGCCUACAGUUCCUGUUCCUGAUGAGCCACCCCCUUCAUCAGAUGCCAAUGAUAAUGAAUUGCCUUCUCCUGCUACUGAGGAACUGAUCAGCACUGAAACCACAAAUCAAACACCUGAGACAACUGAAGACAACAACAACAAUCUUGCUAUAGUUCCUUCUACUGAAGAGUCGUCCAGUCCCACGCCUGAGGUCAGUUCUCCAGUAGAAGAGGAAGUUCCUUUGCAACCUGCUCUUCCUCCUCCAGUCCCUCCAACCAAACGUACCAACCUGAAGAAACCUAACUCGGAAAGAACAGGCCAUGGUUUGCGAGUGAAGUUCAAUCCAUUGGCUCUUCUCCUAGAUGCUUCUUUGGAGGGAGAAUUUGAUCUUGUACAAAGAAUCAUAUAUGAGGUUGAUGAUCCCAGCAAGCCCAAUGAUGAAGGAAUUACACCUUUGCAUAACGCAGUGUGUGCUGGUCAUCACCACAUUGUGAAGUUCCUCCUUGAUUUUGGGGUAAAUGUAAAUGCAGCAGAUAGUGAUGGGUGGACACCUUUGCAUUGUGCUGCUUCUUGCAAUAGUGUUCAUCUCUGUAAACUACUGGUUGAAUCAGGGGCAGCUAUUUUUGCUUCAACUAUAAGUGACAUAGAAACUGCUGCAGAUAAGUGUGAAGAGAUGGAAGAAGGUUAUAUUCAGUGUUCCCAGUUCUUGUACGGAGUGCAGGAAAAGUUGGGAGUGAUGAAUAAAGGAGUGGUGUAUGCUCUGUGGGAUUAUGAAGCCCAGAACAAUGAUGAGUUGUCGUUCCAUGAGGGCGAUGCCAUUACUAUUCUACGACGCAAGGAUGACAAUGAAACGGAGUGGUGGUGGGCCCGCCUCAAUGAUAAAGAAGGCUACGUGCCUAAAAAUCUUCUUGGGUUAUAUCCACGAAUAAAACCUAGACAGCGAACCCUUGCUUGAAUUCAGUUGUACAACAGUGCAAUACCUUGCUGGUAACUGGAAACUUAAAACAUACACUGGAGCCAUUGUUUUUGAUCAUUUCACAUGGAGAAAUAAAACUAUGAUAUUUAGUUUUAAUGGUGCUUUCUCUUGUUAAAUGGACAGCAUCCAAGAUUUUCCAGAUCUGCAGUUUGUAAAUGAAGAUUGUUUUAUGUGACCCACCACUGAUGAGGAGAGCGGUAUCUCCACUACCUACAGUGUUCUACCAACUGUUGUCUAAAGCAGUGUAUUAAGUUAAAGUUCCGUGGUAGGAGCUUUCUUGUGUUAAGUGUUCAGAGGUGUCAUUUGCGAAGUGCAGAUACGCUGUCCAGUUUGCUCCAACCCCACAGUAACUGUCCCAUGUCAGGAUUUUGGAUAUUUUGUUCAAUACCAGUGAAUGUUGAGUUCUCUCAUUGCUGAUCAGCUUUUUGGGUUCUAGGACACGAAAUCUUCACUUAUUACAUGCAUAAGUGCGUAGUCACCAAAGCUUUAUGAAGGCUAGGAUUUUAAGUGUUAACGUGCUUACAUACUUAAAUCCUAGUCUAGAAAACCCCCAACAAAAGCUUUACAUAGUCUAGCAUCUAGUAUUAUUUGCAUUUAGACUCAAGCUAGAAAACUAACCAAACAACAGCAUUUGUACGCUUCUCAAAGCCCCUGAAGAAUAGGUCACUUGGUGUUAUAUUUUCUUAUUAUUCAGCCUACAGCACCAGUGUUACCUCUACUAAUGUAAAGGUUCCCCUACUAACCACUGCAGUUUGUCCAUUCUGGACAGAACAAUUAAUAGUGAAUUUGCAGCAGCUUAAGGGAUUUGUAUGUCUGCAUGGAUGAAAGUGCAAUAGUUGAGAAAGGUAAGAGUCGGGUAAGAGUUAUAUUGUAUAAUUUGAAGUCUGCCCAGGUCAGUCUAUAAGAAAAUAUGAAGGACUGAAUAGAAGUAGAAAGUGAGGUGUGUAGAUGCUAAGUCGAGGAGGAGAAAGAAAUGAGGUAUAGAGAGGGAGUUAAGAAAGGCAAUAUGUAAUUUUUAAGGACAGUUUCUGUGGUUCUUGGCAGCCUACAUCUGUUGCCAAGGCAAGUUAUGCAAUAAUCUAUUCCACUACAUUGUAGUUUCAAGCAAAAAAAAAAAAGCACUUCACUGGAAUUUUAAUUGUACAUGAUUUUAUAUACCAAAAGUAUAUUUUGAAUUUCCCAUUAUAAGUUGUAGCCAUAUUUCUUGUAAUUUUCUCCCAUUAAACAGUAUGCAAUUUAAUUAAUUCUUCAUGUACAAGUUCUGUGUAUAAUUUAUAUAUCCAUUUCUGCAGUGCUGUAACUUGCUUUUACCACAGGUUAGCGUUAACUGUAUAUAUUGUGGUGAAAAGUGAAAGGGUAUUAUUGUUGAAGAAUUUGCUACAUGAAUGUGAUGAUUUCAAGAGCCUAUGAUAACACUAAUUCAGAGAACAUGUAAAUGUGCACAAUAAAGUACUGCUAAGGCAU